AGUUAAUUAAGUUAGUUAUUACCCAAUCCUGUAUAAAAGUAACGCGAAGACAUAUGUAUAAAAAAAAGAAAUUGAAGAAAAGAGGAACAAUCUGCAUUUUUUUGCACACUCGUCACUGGCGAUUUUGGCUCUCGAUUCGAAAGAUUAGCACUUUUGUGUUAUGGACAAACGUACUAUUAUCGAUAUCUACCUGCGAUAUCGCUUAUCCGCGUCAAAGAUAAAUGCUGGAUUUAUCAGGAACGAUAACAAGGUAGACUAAAGAAUUAAAUCGCGAAUGAUCCAGCAGUGCUCGCUCGACGUUUCGCCCGAAAAUUCGGAGGAAAGCGAACGAACCUCGGAAUAAGGGUGACAGAUCGAUCAGCUGAUUUCUCGCGCAGCCUUAUCUAUGGAUUUGGACCAAUUUUCUUUUUCACGCAAUCAGCCGGUUCAGAGAAGAGAGGAGACCCUCAUGCGAUACACGGAAGCGGAGCCGAGGAUGGAGCAAAGAAGUUUUGUGCAACAGCUGAACGAGGCGUCCACGAGUGGCGAACAAUCAUCGGCAACCGGAACGUCGUCCACAGGAACGCAGACGAUAGAGAUGCAGGAAAACGCGCCGAUCAUUUACGCCAACAGCAACAUCAUCACGAUGCAACCGACAGAAGGCGAGCUCCGAUUUCCGCGAAGACCUAUUCCCGUCAGCACCCUGGACUGGAUCUCGACGCCCAGGGCGCAAUUGAGCGCGACUUCCGGCACGCAGUUCCUGGCCGGAGUCGAACAGUUGGAAAUUCAGCAGGUUAUUGAUUUGAGUACUCAUUAUUUAAGAGUACUCGGCAGAACGGAAAGAGGAACUCAGUACAGGGUGAAAGUGCCGCGGGCGGAAACGCUGUUCCUGGCGAUGGAGUCCAAGAUGGAAACGCAGUCACGAAUGUUCGGCUGGUACAAGGGUUUUGUGCUAAAUGUCCUGGAUCAAUGCGGCGAGACCGCCUUCGUCAUGCGAAAGGAUCCCAGUUGGAUGCACGUGCCUGGAUCGCGACAGAAAAUCACAGUGGAGAGCGCGAAUCUCAUCGGUAGCGUGGAGGAGAAUUUCAGUUUGGUGGGACCAAACUUUACGGUGUAUGAUGCGUACAAGGAACCGCUCUGUAAUAUAUACGGACCCAAUAUCUGCGGCUGCUGUAUGUACAAAGAAGCGCAAUUCCAGAUCAUAUCUGUAGAUGGAUCGCGCCAAGUCGCAUCGCUGAUACAUGAAUGGGAUCACUUAUCGGUCGAUUAUAUUCUAUUGCUCACAUUUCCAGUAGAGACCGAUGUGAAAUUGAAAAGCCUACUUCUCGGCGCAUCAUUCUUGAUAGAAUACUUAUAUUUUCAACGAAUAAGAAAAGCGUCCAGGAGAUAGAUAUGGUUAUAAACAAUUUAUAUACAAUUUAAAAAUCAUCAUUUUUCUCUAUGCAAGCGCAAGUGCAUACACAGGUAUUUUUUGAGGAAAUAAUUUAUAUUUUUCCUUUUAUCAGAAAUUUCCUUAUAUAAAUACGUUAUAUAAGCGCGACACGCGCGAUUGGAUCAUUUAUUAAUUAUUCAAUAUUCUAUUUAGUAUUGCAUCAUAUAUGUAUAUAAUAAAUACUUAUCGCGAGACUAUUAUCUGUUA